UCUCUCUUUUUUCGUCGGAGACAUCUCCAUCGUUCUUUUUACCCCCUUCUCUCUCUCUCUCUCUCUCCCCUUGCCGGAAAUCCGCCCUGCUCCCACAAUCCGGUGCAUCCGUGUCGGUGAUCUCAAGCCGUCCUUUUUCAAAAUUGGCUCUACCUGACAUCCAGGGCAUUGAGUAUCAAUCAGAAGAGCUAUAAGACACAAUGAGUCAGGUAUUUGAGGGAUACGAACGUCAAUAUUGUGAGGUUUCUGCAAAUCUCUCCAAGAAGUGCACUUCUGCUGGUCUCCUUGAUGGAGAGCGAAAAAAGCAGAAAGUUGCUGAAAUAAAAACUGGAUUGGAUGAAGCAGAAGGCUUGAUACGCAAAAUGGACCUUGAAGCAAGAAGUCUACAGCCAAGCGUGAAGGCUAUGCUUCUUCAGAAGUUAAGGGAAUAUAAAUCAGAUUUAAACAAUCUGAAAAGUGAAGUUAAAAAGAUCACAUCAGCUAAUGCCCUGGCAUCAAGAGAUGAACUUUUGGAGUCAGGAAUGGCAGAUGCACUCAUGGUUUCUGCUGAUCAAAGAAGUAGGUUGCUUCAAUCUACAGACAGAUUGAAUCAGUCUACUGAACGGAUCAAGGAAGGUAGACGGACGAUGCUAGAGACCGAGGAACUUGGUGUUUCAAUUCUUCAAGACCUUCAUCAGCAACGCCAGUCACUUUUGCAUGCCCACGGCACUCUCCAUGGUGUGGAUGAUUACAUUGGCAAGAGCAGAAAAAUCUUGACUGGCAUGUCAAGGAGAAUGGACAGGAACAAGUGGAUCAUUGGCACCAUAAUUGCUGUCCUGGUUGUUGCAAUUAUUUUGGUUUUGUAUUUUAAGCUGACCCAUUAAGCAUCUCGCUACCAUAAUGUCAGCAUUUAGCAUUUCUCAACUGCUCUCAAGCUUUCUAUUAUAUGUGUGAUGACUGUGAGCCGCUGAAUUUGUAUCCUUACAUAAUUGUAAUCUUGGUGUCGGUCUGCUUGGCCUUCUUGUGUCUGGUUUCACUGUCUCAUGUUAAAUAGUAACUAAAUCGAUUCUUGGUUUUCUGAAACUUUGUGUUGUAGCUGGUUGUUAUCUAUUGAUGGAUUUACUAUAUCUUCUCAUUUUUUA